UACUGUAUAACAAUAUAUUUAACUUUUGUCUAUUCUUGUCUGGAUGGCAGAGAUGGAGGCAAAACUCAGAGUAAUAAUUGACGACCGAAUUGAGAAGUUGGACCUUCCAUCAGGCAUCCCGCCCACUGUGGAGGAGCUGCAUAAUAUUGUGAAGGACACCUUUGGGAUUUCUACUGAGUUCAGUCUUCAGUAUUUUGAUGUGGAAUUUGAAGAUUAUUUUACUCUUCACAACAAUGACCUUAUCAAACACAAGGGCACCAUAAAGGACACCAUUAUCCUGUCUGGGCGCAGUACCACAGAACGCUGUCAGUCAUGGCCAAAGCAGUUCCCCAUUCCACAGUUUGCAUACGAAACUGAGAUGUACCUUGAAAGAGGCAAUGAGGACUACAAGAAGAAUGGAACACUUCUCACUACCUCGAAGAUCAAGCCAGACAUACUUGAGAAACUGGCUGAAACUGUAUAUACUUAUACAGCCUAUCCAUCAGGUUCACAGAUAAGUGAUGUUGCUGAGGCACUUGUCAACAAAUAUCCUUGUCUCAAGGAACCCGGUUCCUUUGCAGGUUACUAUGGCUGGCAGCAAAGCCUUAAAUACAAGAUGUCAAAUUAUCGCACCAAACUCAGAGGCUACGGUGUUCCUGAGGUGUUAUGCAAUGCACUAAAACGCAAGAACCCUGCGGACAAGAAGUCUGCAAAGAAUAUCCAGGAUGAGUUUCACAGAAUCACAAUGGUGCAUCUUGAAUCAAAGUUCAUGUCCAAACUGGAUGAAUAUACUCCUCGACUUCUGAACCUCUUCCACUCCAAGGGCGGAACCAUGGGGUUGAGGUUGCAGGCUAUCCUACUCAAGACUCCAAGCAAUCCUGACAUCAACAUGACCAGAGACGUUAUCAUUCGAUGUUUGAUGAUGUACCUUGGGGAAUCUACAGAUCAACUCUUAAAAGAGUACGAUGAUGCUGAUGAAGACAGUGUGUCACAGGACCUUGCUGUUCAAAGCCUGAAGAUCUACAACAUCAAAGCUAAGACGUCAGAGGAUCCAGACAUCGGUAUCGUGGUGGACGGCGUGAAAAUUCUAACUGCUCUGGGUAACUUUCCAAGGGCUUGCUCCCUGCUUGUUGGGUUGGCAUAUGCUGUGAAUCUUGCCUAUCCAAAGAAGCUCAGAUACACACGUUGA